AUGGGUUUUUACAACUGGUGCGCCCUGUUCUACGGCCGCCUGCUCAGCCAAGCUUCCCACACGCGCCUCGUCAGCAGCAACCUGGUUAAGGCUAACCCUGGCAUUUUAGACCGGUUCCUGAGAAAAGAUGUAGUGGGUCACAGUCAGGGGAUGCGGAUCCUUCACCUGCCAGGGCAUUUUAACGACAACAUCAAUCUCUACCUAUUACCAUACGAAUUAAAAGAAGGGCGAGUGAAAUGGUCGGACGUAAGCCGUGAUGCGGAGAAGUGCGUUCAGGGAUAUAACCCGGAGGAUAUGAAGACACUGAAGAAGCUCAUAAGGGCUGCGGCGCCGGCGGCUUAUGGGGAGGAUCAGCUGCGCCCCGGGUGGUAUGUUUUCCAGGCCACGUCAGGGACUUUGGACUUUGAGACAAUUCUUGCACCGAUAUCACCGACCAUGGGUAUCUACAACUGGUGCGCCCUUUUCUACGGCCGCCUGCUCAGCCAAGCUUCCCACACGCGCCUCGUCAGCAGCGACCUGGUCAAGGCUAACCCUGGUAUACUAGACGGUUUCCUAAAGAAAGAGUUGGUGGACCACAGUCAGGGGAUGCGGAUCCUUCACCUCCCAGGGCAUAUCAAAAGAAUGGGUUACGUGCUAGAACCACAAGAGAUCAAGGAAGGGCGCGUGGAAUGGUCGGAGGUAAGCCGUGACGCUGAGAAGUGGGUUAAGGAAUAUAACCCGGAGGAUAUGAAGACGCUGAAGAAGCUCAUAAGGGCCGCGGCGCCGGCGGCUUAUGGGAAGGAUCAGCUGCGCCCCGGGUGGUAUAUCUUCCAGGCCAAUUGGUCGACUUUGGACGUAGAAAACAUGCACGAGAUGAGUGCAGAGGCAAACAUAAAAGUGGAGGGCUGCCCUUAUAAGUGCUACACAGAAGAUUGA